GUUCCCUUGCCUUCUGGACUCUCCGUGAGACGAUACGCAUGCCGCUCAGUUGAUGGUCUGCAAAGAUCCUGUUUCGCGCUUCCAUAUAUCGCCGUAGCCGUUCUUCAGCCGGCACUACUUCGUGGGAUUCCAAUCUGGGCGAGUCCCUCCCACUUUUUGACUGCCCAGUCGACCGUUUUCCGCACACUCUGGGCAUUUUGGUGUAAUGGUGUCCGGUCUGCCGCACUUGAAGCAGAACCUCUUCCACUCCGUGGACGGGCAGUCUCGGAAUCCGUGCUCCGCGGCUCCGCAAUUCCAGCAGCCUGGCUUGAAAGGAUUUCUAGGCCGUCCACGGAUCUCGUCCACUUCCAGGAUCUCCUGCUCGUCGACUUCGUCCGGUAUGCGCGCUUCGCUGACCCGCAACUUGUUCAGCUGCCCGUACGCAGCGCGUCCUCGACGACCGAACGUCUUCUCCACUUCGACGCACUCCUCCCGAAGUUCAUCCACCGCGGGAGGCGAGUUGCUGAAUUGCGUGAACGUAGUCAUCCACGCCUUCUCCUGGCUGCUGCUCACGCUGUAGUAGCUCGUGCA